AUGAUGGAAUUUCAACUAUUCAUAAAAUUACGCACCAUUACCAUUGAUUUUGAAUUAGAUGUUACUAAUGUAUUUACUAAACAUUAUCCAACUGUUACCGUUCGCGGUUGUUUAUUCCAUUACGGACAAGCUUUAUUCCGUAAAUUUGUUGAUAUUGGUUUAAAAACACCAUAUAAAUAUGAUGAAAAUCUUCGUGAUUGGUUUCGAUCUUUUGCAGCAAUAUCAUUAUUACCAUUACAUCACAUGUUAUGGGGUAUACAAUAUUUAGUGGAUAUUAGACCUAAUUAUCCAGGUACUCAAGAAUUUCUUGAUUAUUAUCAUAGUACAUUUGGGCCGUUCAGUCGAUUUCCACCAUACAUGUAUAAUCAUUAUCGUAAUAUUACACCUCGAACAAUUAAUUAUUUGAAAGAACAAGCUUUAGCCUCGAUUAUGAGAUUACAAGACGAUCUGGGAGGUCCAACUCCAAAACGUCGCAAGAACAAUGUUAUUCCAGAUGAAUGUUUGAUGAAAUUAUGGCAACGUUAUGAUGAAGGUCGUAUUGAUAUUCCAGCAUUCUCAAAAGCAGCUGAGUUGAGAUACUUUCAACGUGCACCAAAAAAAUAA